AUGGAGGAGUCCCUGUAUAUGUGGAUACUUCAACAGCGAGAAGCUAAUAUCAUCGUCACCUUUGAAAUAUUACGGAUCAAGGCAGAGUUAUUAUUCCGUGAAAUUCAGAAGCGUGGUCACUAUGAAAAUCAACUAUUCACAUCUUCGGAUGGCUGGAUGCGCCGGUUCAAAGAGCGGUUUGGGCUGCAAGUGAAGCGUGUUGCAGGUGAAAAAGCUUCUGCUGACAUGCAAGCUUAUCAAAAAUUCAAAGAUAUUUUGGGUGCAAAAAUCACUGAAAUGAAGCUGCUGGGGUCCCAGGUUUACAAUGCUGAUGAAUCGGCCAUUUUCGUCAAAUUAUUAGCAUCACGAACCCUGGCACUCUACAAUGAAAAGAACGUGUACGGUCGUAAAAUUAACAAGAUGCGUUACACCUUCAUGCCAUGCAGUAACGCUGAUGGUUCCAACAAACUUCGAUUGAUGUUUAUUGGAACUGCGGCCAAUCCACAUUCGUUCCCAGCGAAAGAGAUGCUCACAGUUUCGUAUUACAACUCGAAAAAAGCUUGGAUGACAAGAGAUUUGUUUCGGGAGUGGUUUAACAACGAGUUUGUUCCGGCUGUUAGGAAAUUUUCUAGUGAGUGUUCCUUGGAACCAAAAGCGCUUCUAGUACUAGAUAAUUGUACGGCUCACUAUACAGGAAACGACGCUUUGGUUUCGGAUGACGGAUUAAUCAAGGUGAUUUAUCUUCCGCCAAAUGUCACCUCAGUGUGUCAACCAAUGGACCAGGCAGUGAUCAAUGCUGUCAAAGCACGGUAUAAGCGAAAACUUAUGCUUUGCUUACUAUUAGAAAACAAAGAGGUGAAAUUUGAGGACCGACUCAAAAAAAUAUCGCUGAUGCAGAGCAUUGACUGGCUGUCCUCUGCGUGGAAUGAGAUCAGUCAGAGUACGAUUAAAAACUCCUGGAAGAAAUUGAUAGACCAGUUUCCGGAAUGUGAAGCAACAUCUGAUGAUUCUCAUGAACCUGAUUUGAAUGCCGACUUGAAAGCUUUGGUCACAGCGGUGGAUUCUCUUGCUGGAACCUGUACCACCAAUGAAGAGAUAGAGCUGUGGAAGAGCGAUCAGUUUUACGAUGUUGACAACAAUCCUGCCUGGCUUACAAGCAUGGUAUUCAAUGAUCAAGAGAUUGUUGAUUCAGUAUUGCGUGAAAAAGUUACUCCAGUUGAAAAUUCAUUAGCAGAAGAAUCGAUCGAAACGUUUUCCGAGACACCGCCUGUGAGUAUUGGAGACCUGCUAGAAGAGCCGACGUUUUCUGAUGCACUCAAGCAUCUGGAUGCUUUGUUGCGAUUCGUGAGGAACGAUGCUGCAGAUGUGAGUCGUCUCAAAUCGCUACGAACAAAAUUGAUUGAAAAAGAAUGGCUGAAGACUACAACAUAG